AUGGCGCGCCGCCUGGCGCUGAGCGUGCUGGUGCUGGCGCUGUUUGCGGGCGCCGCAAUGGCGCAAGACUGCAGCGGCAUCACUGGCUGCCUGAAAUGCGGCAUGCGUGGCAAAAAGGAAGGCCGGGACGACAAGGUUUGGUGCACCGUCUGUGACGAGGCCAACGGUUACGCCCUCAAGGCCAAGAAGGGCCGUUGCGGAUGCGCUGCGGGCUACUACAGCCGCACUGCAGAAGGCGACAAGCUCGGGGCCUGCAAGAAGGCAACCGGCACCACGGUGGCGGCCGCCGGCCCUAUUAACGACGGCGCCAACAUCGCACGCGAGUGCCUUGACAACAGCAUCCCCGACGUGACCCAUGGCCACUGCGAGUGCAAGGCCGGCUACUACGUGCUGCUGGGCGGCCAGACCCCACGCUGCAUCCAGUGCACGCCUGGCAGCUACACCGACGCGCCCAACCUGCGCCUUGCCUGCAAGCUGUGCUCCGUUGGGAAGAUCCACAACGCCGCCCACACUGCCUGCAUCAACCUGUCCGAGGCGUUCAGUGGCGUGGCCGACGUCAUCACCGGUGUGCAGGCUAAGGCCGCCGAGGUCGUUGCCGGGGCUGGGGCCGCCACUCAGAAGAGCGUGGCGGAUGCCAGGGCGGCCGCCCAGGACGCGCUCGACGGCCUGGCGGAGCGCCUGGACGCUUCCGGCCUGCCCGAGGGCGCGCAGAGGGGCAUCGCCACCGUGGCGGAGCACCUGAAGCCGGCGAUCGCACAGCUCAGCGCUCACGCGCAGGGCGCGCUCAACAACGUGACGGCGACCCUCAAGAAUGCCACGGGCCUUGACCUGCCCAGUGCGUUUGACGACCUUGACAUCCAGGACCGCCUCACCAGCCUGGGCAACAGCGCGCUGGCCCAGGUCAACUCCACCCUGCAGACCGCCAUCAAGGCGGCGCCCGCCGCUCUCAAGACUGUCGUGGCCGCGCCCGUCACCGCCAACGCUGCUGCCCCCGCCGACGCCAAGGCUGUCCCCUCUGCCGUCGUGCCCGACGUCCACGCGCCCAUCAUGGCGGCCAACGCGACCCACAACGUCACCGGGCGCCCCUGGCCCGUGAUUGCCCGUGCGGUCGACCUCAGCAGCGUGCCGGGCUUUGAGCUGGCUGACCCCAGGCUGGCUGAGCGGGACGCGGACGACGUUGACGAGAUCGUGGAGGAGGGCGGCACGCCCGGGGACGAUAGCGAGCCUCUGGAGCCCAGCGACCACCUGGUGUCGAGCAAGCACCACCUGGCCCCAAGCGAGCACCCGGCCCCAAGCGAGCACCCGGCUCCGAGCGCGCACGCCACCUUCGUGGACGCCCUGGUGAAGCGCCUCAACCUUACGCAGCCCUUUGAGAAGAUCAAGGCCAAGAUGCAGAAGGAGGGCGAUGAGAACCAGCCCUCCAUGAGCGACUACUUGGGAGAGGUGCCCUCGGUCGGCCACAUCCUCAACAUGCUGCGCGGCGGCUUGCCCCCCAUUGAGGACAUUCCCGGCCUGGAGCAGGGCUCCACGGGCCCCAUGGACACGAUGGUCAAGCUGCUGCGCAAUGUGGGCGGCGAGGACAGCCGCCCCAGGGAGGGCCUGGAGGAGGUGAUGCCCAGCAUCAUGCACGGGGUCAUGAGCAACCCCCUGCUCUCGAUGCGCCAGCGCAUGGGGUCGACGGGGCAGGACCAGGAUGAGCAGGGGGACCAGGACAGCGCGGCCCCCAAGGUGCGCCCUGCCGGCCAGGCCCACGUGCCCAGGUCCCACAUCACGUACGAGUACGAGGACUAG